CUAUGCUAAAAAAAAAAGGAUCCUAUCUGUGCCUGGUGACAGCGGGUCAGCAAUGCAAUCAGACCAUCACUGACUGAAGCCGCAUCUCGCAGCCGCUGCAGUGAGGGUGAGCUGCUGAUGGUGUGAAGCACUGACUGCACCGACACUGAACUGCACCGACUGGGUGAUGGGUGUCAAACACACGGCGCAGCACACGCUGGAACCGUUCAAACCGGAUCGCCUUCAGAACCUUUCGCAUUGAGGACCGCGAUUAAUUUUGCGGUGGAUUAAUCAAUUUCAGGAUGAAAUUGAUCAAAGCGUCUUUCCUCUUUGUCAUCUUCUGCUUUUGGAUUGAAGAAGGCUCAUCCAAAGAUUCAAAGAAAGCCAAGGCGAAAAAGAAGCAAUACCUAUGCCCAUCACAACAGUCAGCUGAAGAUCGUGCACUCAUACCAGCGAAUUCCACCAGCAACCUCAUCAACAGGUUACUCAUCUCGUAUGACCCAAGAAUACGGCCAAAUUUCAAAGGUAUUCCAGUUGACGUCCAUGUAAAUAUUUUCAUUGCCAGUUUCGGCUCAAUACAAGAAACCACAAUGGAUUACAGGAUUAAUAUCUUCCUCAGACAGAAGUGGAAUGACCCCAGACUCAAGCUGCCGACUGACUUCAAAGGAUCAGACACACUGACUGUGGAUCCAAAAAUGUUCAAAUGCUUGUGGAAACCAGAUUUGUUUUUUGCAAAUGAAAAGAAUGCCAACUUUCACGAUGUCACACAAGAGAACAUCUUGCUUUUCAUCUUCCGUUCUGGUGACGUGCUGGUCAGCAUGAGGCUGUCUGUAACUCUUUCGUGCCCACUCGAUUUGACUCUAUUUCCCAUGGACACACAGCGCUGCAAGAUGCAAUUGGAAAGCUUUGGUUAUACCACAGAUGAUCUUCGGUUCAUCUGGCAGGCUAAAGACCCUGUUCAAAUGGAGGAGAUUGCGUUACCACAGUUUGAUAUCAAACAGGAGGAUAUCGAGUAUGGGAAUUGUACAAAAUAUUAUAAAGGCACAGGAUAUUACACCUGCGUGGAAGUGAUAUUUACCCUGAGAAGACUAGUUGGAUUUUACUUGAUGGGCGUUUAUGCUCCAACGCUGCUGAUAGUUGUUCUUUCGUGGCUGUCCUUUUGGAUUAACCCUGAUGCAAGUGCUGCAAGAGUACCUCUAGGUAUCUUCUCAGUGCUCAGCUUGUCAUCCGAAUGCACAUCUCUUGCUGCAGAGCUGCCCAAAGUUUCCUAUGUGAAAGCCUUAGAUGUCUGGCUCAUUGCUUGCCUCCUCUUUGGGUUUGCGUCCCUUGUAGAAUAUGCUGUUGUGCAGGUUAUGCUCAACAGCCCAAAGAGAAUCGAAGCUGAAAGAAUCCGAAUUCAAAACCGCCAGAAGGCUAAGGAGCAAGCUAUUGCAGCAGAGGCCAAAGCAUCUGGGAACUGGGUCAAACCUUCUUCCAAGAAUACUGUUAAUGGAACAGGGACACCGGUUCAUAUCAGCACUCUACAGGUUGGAGAAAACAGGUGCAAAAAAGUUUGCACUUCGAAAUCUGACCUGAGAUCGAAUGACUUCAGCAUCGUUGGAAGUUUGCCACGGGACUUUGAGCUGUCCAACUACGACUGCUAUGGAAAACCUAUAGAAGUUAACAAUGGCCUUGGGAAACUCCAGUCAAAAAAUAAUAAGAAGCCCCCUCCUGCUAAACCUGUCAUCCCAGCUGCAGCCAAGAGGAUUGACCUCUAUGCAAGAGCUUUGUUCCCUUUUUGUUUCUUCUUCUUUAAUGUGAUAUAUUGGUCUGCUUACCUAUGAUAAUUCUACCACUGGAUUGCAUUGUAUAAGAAAAGACUCUCCUCCCCCACUCCCACAUGUGUUACGCAUAAUGUUGCACUGUAAAUGCUCUGCGACUACAACUUGAUUGGUAACCAGAUGCAUUCAUGUAAAAUUUAAAUGACAGCAUGAAAUUGCAAUGUGUAUACUAUAGCCAAACAGCAAUGUAUAGCUGUACAGCAUUCAAGCUGCUUUGGGGUUCUUGAAGGAUAAAACUAAGUUGCUGUGACAGUUAAGAAUACUAUAUUUAUAGGGUUGUGAUGGGUAAUAUAAAAUGUGCUACAAUCUUUCUGAUACUGAAACUUAUAGAUGCACGUUUAGUGUCACUGGAAAACAGUUAAAUAUGCAUAUAUAUGUGUGUUAGUAAGAAGACAAAUCUAUAUCUUCCAAAUAGUAAAGGUUAGGCACUUUGAUAGUUUUGUUUUAACUUAAAAUGUGUGUCUCAAAACUGAGUUCCUCAAUAUUUUAUUAAUCAAAUGUAACCUGUAAUUCAUACAGCUGACAUUUUUCAAACGACAGAAAACAGAUUCAACUAUUUCUGUCAAUGUAAACUUGUGAAAUAAUAAAGUUUAAAAUUCCCCAAA